AUGGCAGGUAAUCAAGAACGCGCGGUGAUAGAAGCAGCAAGGCCAAACCUUGCUAAUAUGACUCAGGCCAUUGUGAAGCCUGAAAUCACCGGUCACUUUGAGCUUAAACAGUACAUGGUGCAGCUGAUACAGUCCACUGGGCAAUAUGUUGGUCUAUCUCAUGAAGACCCACAAAGGCACAUUCAAAAUUUUUUGGAAAUAACGGAUACUUACAAUUAUCCAAAUGUUUCCAAGGAUUAUGUCAGGCUGACCUUAUUUCCCUUUUCAUUAUUGGGGGAUGCUAGAGAAUGGUUGCAAAAAGAGCCAGCUAAUUCAAUCCACAAUUGGGAUGAUUUAGCAAAGAAAUUCCUAAUCAAGUUUUUCCCCACCAAAAAGACAAAGUUUUUGCGGAGUCAGAUUCUUGGGUUUCAACAACGGGAUGGUGAAACUCUUCGCCAAGCUUGGGAGAGAUACAAGAAACUACUUCGGGAUUGUCCUCAUCAUUGUCAAACUGAUGAAGUACUGGGCCAUACUUUUGUUGAUGGAUUAGACGAAACUUCCAAAAUGAAUCUUAAUUCAGCUUGUGGAGGUAGUUGCAUGGCAAAACCAUACAGUGAAAUACAACUUCUGAUGAAUAACUUUACUGCUAAUGAUCAUAAUUGUCAAGGUGAAGGAGAACCAAGGAGAGCAAUGAAACAGAAAGCAGGGUUACUUGAACUGGAUAACAUUUCCGCCAUGAGAGCAGAUUUAGCAAAAUUGGCAAAUCAAAUGACCAGAAUGGCAAUGGGACCAUCACAACCAAUGCAGCAGGUUCAACAAAUGUCAGUUUGUUGUGAAAUGUGUGGUGACAAUCACACGAGUGACAUGUGCCCUGUGAAUCCUGAAUCUAUUUACUAUGUUGGGCAACAAAACAGAGGUCUGAUGAAUCAACAAGCCCAAUAUGGGAACACUUACAACCCAAAUUGGAGGAAUCGUCCUAAUUUCUCUUGCAAGACAACCAACAACUCAGAACGGACUUUAGAAAUCUUGAAAGACAAUUGGGACAACUAG